AUGGAGCAUCAGCCGCCCAAUCGCUCCAGUAUCCUCCAGUUGGACAACAGGCGGUUCUGGGAACAGUUGUGGAAGAGUACUCGUGGACUCUGUCGAGGUGGAGGUGGAUUCAGUCGAGGUACUCGUGGACUCGGUCGAGGUGGAGGUGGAUUCAGUCGAGGUACUCGUGGACUCGGUCGAUGUGGAGGUGGACUCGGUGGAGGUACUCGUGGACUCGGUCGAUGUGGAGGUGGAUUCAGUCGAGGUACUCGUGGACUCGGUCGAGGUACUCGUGGACUCAGUCGAGGUGGAGGUGGAUUCAGUCGAGGUACUCGUGGACUCGGUCGAGGUACUGGUUGA